ACAUUUCGAGAACUCUGAGCAAACAGCGCACAGUUGUCUCAGAUCAUCCAUGGAGACCAUUCGAUCAACCUUCCCAAUUUUCCAAACCAACCCAGUUUUCCUCACUCCGAAGCCUCUAAAACCCUUCAAGGUUUCCAUCAAACCUCCACCACCAGACUUCAAUUUCAGGUCAGAAAUUUCAGACCACUCAAAAGCCACAAUAGCCAAAACUCACCCUGAGUUGCUUGAUUUGGCUGAAAAUGGGACUUUGUUCUUCAUCGACAAGAGCCGGUUUGGUCCAGUUCCGGCCUGGAGGACCGAGUUCGUCGAACCGGAGGCCAUCUGGUUAGUUGGCACCACUCAUAUUUCUCAAGACUCUGCUCUGGAGGUUGAGCGCGUAGUCCGGGCAGUGAAGCCAGACAAUGUGGUGGUUGAGCUCUGCAGAAGCAGAGCUGGGAUUAUGUAUGCUAAUGCCUCCAUGGAUGGUGAGGCAGGCCAACAAUUAAGGUCAAAUAUGUUCUCUUUGACUGGAACUGGGUUUUUUGGCGCCGUUGGUCGGAGCAUAAACUUAGGGGGUCAAACUGCUCUGGCAUUACGAGUACUUUUGGCGGUUUUCUCAUCAAAGAUCUCGUCAGAAACCAAUCGUCCUUUUGGUGAUGAGUUCCGUGCUGCUCGAAAGGUCUCUGAAGAAGUUGGUGCUCAAAUAGUUCUGGGGGACCGGCCGAUUGAAAUAACUCUUGAAAGGGCUUGGAAUUCUCUGAAUUGGACAGAGAAACUGAGCUUGGUGGCCUCAGUUGUUCGUGGGAUAACCUCACCAUCUGAUAUGUCCCAGAAGAAUCUCAAGGAAUCAAGUGCAAGUGAUGAUGGCACAUUUCAGCUUUAUGAGCAGCUAAGUUCUUCAUAUCCUUCACUCCUCCAGCCUCUGAUACAUGAACGAGACACUUACCUUGCAUGGUCUCUAAAGAGGAGCAAAGCUGUGAAUAAGAGUAAGAGAGUGGUGGGGGUUAUUGGAAAGGGACACAUGAAUGGUGUAAUAUAUGCAUUGCUAGCUGAUCUGGGAGAUCUGCGGUUUAGGGACCUUGUAGGACAGAGGCCUUCAAGUCAAGCUACCAACGCUAGUUCUAAUGGCAAAUGGGUUGUCAAAUUGGUCCAGGACUUGGUCAGAGACACUGUCAUUGGCACCCUCCUGUGGGCAUUAUAUGAGCAGAUAAAAGGUGGGUUAUAGAGUAGAGUAGAUUUGAAAUCUCAAAUGGCUGAAAAUACUAUCUUUCUUUUUGUAUACAAAUUUGCUCAGUUGCUCAGAGGCACCUCAAAAGAAUUACAACUGGUACUUUACUUUGUUGUUAAGAUUUUUACUGCUUGGAUAAGGAUGUCAAACCAGCUU